AUGCCAGCACAAACACGCCCCAUUGAGAAGAUCGCCAAGGCUACUGCCCAAUGCUCUGUUGAAGCUGCGGCAUACGGUAAAUGUGUUGUUGCGGACUACAGCACUGUGCACAAGGACAUGUGUGCUAAGGAAUUCCUGCGACUAAAAGACUGCUUCUUGGUAAGUGGGAUUGAGCUACCAUUUGCCCUGGAACAACAAGCUAACACAUUGCAGGCUGCGUCUAAGAAGGCUUGA